AGUUUCAACGAUGUCAACUUUAGUGUCAUGUACCUUUUGAUCAACUUGGUAUUUUAAUUAGUACUAUAUAUAUAUUUAUAUAAACAUGAGAGGCCCUUGAGUUAAAGCUUUAGAAAAUCCAAAACAACACAUAAUUUGGAUUUUGAUUCCAAAAUGGGAAGGGCUCCAUGCUGUGAGAAAAUGGGUUUGAAGAGAGGACCAUGGACUCCAGAAGAAGAUAAAAUCCUCAUCGACCACAUAAACACUUAUGGCCAUUCCAAUUGGCGUGCUCUGCCUAAACAAGCUGGGUUGUUAAGAUGUGGAAAGAGUUGUAGAUUGCGGUGGAUAAACUAUCUAAGGCCAGAUAUCAAACGAGGUAAUUUCACCAAAGAAGAAGAGGAUGAAAUAAUCAAUUUGCAUCAAAUGUUGGGAAACAGAUGGUCAGCUAUUGCAGCAAGAUUACCAGGCCGCACAGACAACGAGAUAAAAAACAUUUGGCACACCCACUUGAAGAAAAGGCUGCCACAAGCCCAUAACAACAUCCCAAAGAAAAACAAAAAACAAACCAAGUUGGACUUUGAUUUGGACGCCUCCAAAUCAGACCAAGACACCAAACAAGAACAAAAUAAUCACGAUGACGAUUAUAGGCCACAAUGUUCUAGUGACAUGUCCUCCCAUAAUAAUAAUAGUAGCAUUGCUACUAAUAAUAAUCAUGACGUGUUCAUAAAUAAUAACGAUGGUGUUGAUUCGGCACAAAAUAAUCUUGCAUUGGAUGAAGAUUUUUGGUCGGAAGUGUUGUCAUCUGAUAAUUCUAAUACUGAGACAAGUGGUCUUUUGGAUAACAUAAUUGGUGCUGAAGAUUCAUUCUCUUCCAUAGGGACUGAAGAAGGAGUCUUUAAUUUUAGUAAUUCAUUGAAUAUAUGUGAAGAAGACAUGGACUUUUGGCACGAUGUUUAUGCGAGAGCUGAGGAAAUAACGCUAGAAUUAUAAUCAACUUAACUAUCAUUGUUAUUCUUAAAUAGUAUUGUAACUUAUGUGUUCAUCCAAUGGAACACAAAUCAUGUUUUUGUUUCAUUGUUAAGAGUUACAUCAAUUUUAUUGAUUCAACUCUAUUGAGGAGGGGUUUGUAUUUCCUGAGAUAUGUUUGAGAGGUCGAUUUUGGAGGA